AUGCAAAAUCUCGAUGAACAAGCAAUUUUUUCUUCAUCUAGUCCUCAAUUUGAUACUAAUAAUAUUAGCAUGUCGUCAAGUGGAAAUGCUACUGCAGCUCUUGACAAUAUGUCUCCUACAAUAACGUCAUAUACUGUACCAGAUGAAAAUCAGCCGUUACAAGUUAACAUCCAGGAAAUGCAACCCAUUCAAGAUUAUCAGCAGAUACCUUCUGAUUUAUCUCCAUUAGAAUAUCUUCAAGAACCUGUUACGAAUGAAUACUCGUUCUUUUAUGUACCAUACGGCGAUUUUCAAAUAUACCAUAUUACUUGUACAGAAUUAUCACUGACUUUUGAAAAUGUAUCACAAUUGAUAAACAACACUGACAAUAGCUCAAUUAAUAAUAUUUAUGUGUUUUACCAUCAACAACCAGAAGUUGAGAAAAUCUAUAAAGUAACUUGCAAAAUGAUUUCACAUACAUUCAUAUUUCAAUUUUUAAAUAAAAUCAUUUAUGGUAAUCAAUUCACUCAAUGUGAGCAUCAGCAACAAGAAUUUUCCAAUAGGCAUCAAGAAAAUCUCAAAUCUCAUUUGAAAAGGGACUUUACAUAUUAUUUAACACCAAAACAGAUUCAUGAACAAAAUUGUGAUUUAUUUUAUCAAGAUUAUGAUAAUUAUCAGAAUUACAAUACGAAUAUUCUUCCUUUUAAUCAAGAUAGCAGUUGUCAAUUUUAUACUAUUCAAAAUGGAAGUGAUAAUUACAUUCAAAGUUAUUAUGACGGGAAUUUUAGCCAAUAA